AUGCCCGACAAAAGACGUGGGAAGAAACUCUGGAGGGUGUCCAGCGUUGGCGAGGUGAGCGCCUCCCCAGCAAGGAGCAGCGAUUACAAGCUCGAAUCGCCCUACGGAUACCUAUGCUGGGAGACCAGCCCCGGGGAGAGUUGGUGAUACAGCUUGAUACACUGGCAUGGAGGGAACUGGUUUUUGAUGAUGCGUACCAAGCACUACGUUGGUACGCGGUUCAGCGGGUUCACGGAAUGGCCAAGUUCGACAAACCGGAGGGCAAGAAUUACAAUGGCCCUGGCUUAUUAUGGGGAGCCUUUGCGGAACCGGACUUUGGGAGUGUGGCAGAAUCCCGGCUUUGGGACAUACUUAACUAUAGAGAGGCCAUGCUGGCUCUCCCUAUGGCUGAAAACCUGGAGCCAGACCUGAUUGAAUUGGCCGUCCAGGAAUGGGAACUUGAGCAGGAUUACCAGCACCUGAUCAGCUCCAGUCAGUCACCCUAUACCCUGCAG